GGAAAACAUUUCCCCGCGCACUUCCGGGUUCCGCCUCGCACACUGUUUCCUGUGAGUCUGAUCUGUCGUUACCGGAGCUUCACCGGUGUGUUUAUACCGCUCGAGAUGGCUGCUCGUUUACCCGCAUGUGUUGUGGAUUGUGGCACAGGGUACACUAAACUAGGAUAUGCAGGAAACACAGAACCGCAGUUCAUCGUUCCAUCAUGCAUCGCCAUUAAAGAGUCGGCGAAGGUGGGCGAUCAAGCCCAGAGGAGGAUGAUGAAGGGAGUCGAUGACCUGGACUUCUUCAUCGGAGACGAGGCCAUCGAUAAACCCAACUAUGCCACCAAAUGGCCGAUCCGGCAUGGAAUCGUGGAGGAUUGGGAUCUGAUGGAGAGAUUUAUGGAGCAGGUGAUCUUUAAAUACUUGAGAGCUGAACCUGAGGACCAUUACUUCCUACUGACUGAACCUCCAUUAAAUACGCCAGAAAACCGCGAGUACACGGCUGAGAUCAUGUUUGAGUCCUUCAAUGUGCCGGGACUCUACAUCGCUGUGCAGGCAGUUUUGGCUCUGGCCGCAUCAUGGACGUCUCGUCAGGUCGGUGAGAGAACACUCACAGGAACCGUCAUCGACAGCGGAGACGGAGUUACUCACGUCAUUCCAGUGGCAGAGGGUUACGUGAUUGGCAGCUGUAUUAAACACAUUCCCAUCGCAGGUCGUGACAUCACGUAUUUCACACAGCAGUUACUGAGAGAGCGAGAGGUGGGCAUCCCACCCGAACAGUCGCUGGAGACCGCCAAAGCCGUCAAGGAGCGCUUCAGUUAUGUGUGUCCUGACCUGGUGAAGGAGUUUAAUAAAUAUGACACAGACGGAUCUAAAUGGAUCAAACAGUACACCGGCAUCAACGCUAUCAGUAAGAAAGAGUUCACUGUCGAUGUGGGAUACGAGCGCUUCCUGGGACCCGAAAUAUUCUUCCAUCCUGAGUUUGCUAAUCCUGAUUUCACUCAGCCAAUCUCUGAGGUGGUUGAUGAGGUCAUUCAGAACUGUCCAAUCGAUGUGCGUCGUCCGCUCUAUAAGAACAUUGUUUUAUCGGGCGGUUCCACCAUGUUCCGUGACUUCGGCCGUCGUUUGCAGAGAGAUUUGAAGAGAACGGUGGACGCUCGUCUGAAACUCAGUGAGGAGCUCAGCGGAGGAAAACUCAAGCCCAAACCAAUCGAUGUCCAGGUCAUCACUCAUCACAUGCAGCGAUACGCUGUGUGGUUCGGAGGAUCUAUGUUGGCAUCCACUCCGGAGUUUUAUCAAGUGUGUCACACCAAGAAGGAUUAUGAAGAGAUCGGCCCGAGCAUCUGUCGCCACAAUCCUGUGUUUGGUGUCAUGUCCUAAACUCACACACACACUCAUACACACCCAUAUAGUUGCACACACACUCUCGCACACACAUAUAGUGGCACACACACUCAUACACACCCAUAUAGUGGCACACACACACACAUAUAGUGGCACACACACUCACACACAUAUAGUGGCGUACACACAUACUGAUGCAGAAAUGAUAAUUUUUUUCUAUUGUUGGUCUUCAGAGUAAAUGUGAUAAAGUUUUCAAAACCACAACAAGUCUUUUCUUGUGUUUUUGUUGAAUUGAUUUCAAUAUCUGAACAUGUUCAGUCUCGUGUGAAUGUGUGACAGUAACUGAACUCUGAUCAUGAGAUUCAUGAUGAAGACUGGACUGACAUCGUCAUCAUUGAGAAUCACAUAUCGAUCCGUGUGUGCGGAUACUUCCUGUCUCUUAAUGUUUCAUGAGUCGCUGUUGAGGAAGAAUGUUUCUGUCAUGAGAGAGCGUUUUAAACACUCGACUGCGUUUACCCUCAUCCGUCAUUUAUUCCUGAUUGGAAAUCAAUGUUGUGAUUUGGAAUGAUGAUUGUAUUACCAGCAGAGAUAAGUCUGGGCGGAUGACAAGCAUCUGUUAAAGUGUACGACAAUUAUUCCAAUAAAAGUUCAUACUUUCUAA